GAGCCGGGCUCCGGGCGCGCGGGGGCCGCAGCAGCUGCCGCCCCACCUCUCCUCGGCCCUGCGCACAGCCUCGCGCGCCCAUGGCCGGCUCGGAGCAGCAGCGGCCGCGGCGGCAGGACGACAGAGACUCGGCCGCGGCGGCGGCGGCGGCGGCGCCCCUGCAGGACGCGGAGCUGGCCCUGGCCGGCAUAAACAUGCUGCUCAACAACGGCUUCAGGGAGUCGGACCAGCUUUUCAAACAAUACAGAAAUCAUAGCCCAUUGAUGAGUUUUGGAGCCAGCUUCGUCAGUUUUUUGAAUGCCAUGAUGACAUUUGAAGAAGAAAAAAUGCAGUUGGCAUGUGAUGACUUAAAAACUACAGAAAAGCUGUGUGAAAGUGAAGAGGCUGGAGUAAUUGAAACCAUCAAGAAUAAAAUUAAGAAGAAUGUCGAUGUCCGAAAAUCCGCCCCCUCCAUGGUUGAUCGGCUUCAGAGGCAGAUAAUCAUAGCUGACUGUCAGGUUUACCUGGCUGUGCUCUCAUUUGUAAAACAAGAAUUGUCAGCCUAUAUAAAAGGUGGGUGGAUCCUUAGGAAAGCCUGGAAGAUUUACAAUAAAUGCUAUCUGGACAUCAAUGCCCUCCAGGAGCUGUAUCAGAAGAAGCUAACUGAAGAGCCCUUGACUUCUGAUGCUGCAAAUGAUAAUCACAUUGUGGCUGAAGGGGUGUCUGAGGAGUCUCUAAACAGACUGAAAGGUGCUGUUAGCUUUGGAUAUGGCCUUUUUCACCUUUGCAUAUCCAUGGUGCCCCCCAACCUGCUCAAAAUCAUCAACCUGCUGGGUUUUCCUGGAGACCGCCUGCAAGGGCUUUCUUCACUGAUGUAUGCAAGCGAAAGUAAGGACAUGAAGGCCCCUUUAGCUACAUUAGCUCUGCUCUGGUAUCAUACUGUGGUCCGCCCAUUUUUUGCCUUGGAUGGCAGUGAUAACAAAGCAGGCCUGGAUGAAGCGAAGGAAAUUCUUCUCAAAAAAGAAGCUGCUUAUCCAAAUUCUUCCCUCUUCAUGUUUUUCAAGGGACGUAUACAACGAUUAGAGUGUCAAAUCAACAGUGCCUUGACUUCUUUCCAUACUGCUUUGGAACUUGCGAUAGAUCAGAGAGAGAUCCAGCAUGUCUGUCUGUAUGAAAUCGGUUGGUGCAGCAUGAUAGAGCUGAAUUUCAAGGAUGCAUUUGAUUCCUUUGAGAGGCUGAAAAAUGAGUCCAGGUGGUCCCAGUGCUAUUACGCCUAUUUAACUGCAGUUUGUCAGGGAGCCACCGGUGACGUGGAUGGGGCGCAGAUAGUGUUUAAAGAAGUUCAGAAGCUCUUCAAAAGGAAAAACAAUCAGAUUGAACAAUUCUCAGUGAAAAAGGCAGAGAGGUUUCGGAAAGUAGCUCCCACCAGAGCGUUGUGUGUACUGGCCUCCAUCGAAGUGUUAUACCUGUGGAAAGCCCUCCCCAACUGCUCCUUCCCCAACCUGCAGAGGAUGAGUCAAGCUUGCCAUGAAGUGGAUGAUUCAUCUGUUGUUGGAUUAAAGUAUUUGCUUCUUGGUGCCAUACACAAAUGUCUGGGAAACUCAGAAGAUGCUGUUCAGUUCUUUCAGCGCGCUGUUAAAGAUGAGUUGUGUCGUCAGAAUAACUUAUACGUCCAGCCAUAUGCUUGCUAUGAACUUGGCUGUCUUCUGUUAGACAAACCGGAGACUGUAGCAAGAGGCAGAACUCUACUUCUUCAAGCAAAGGAGGAUUUCUCUGGCUACGACUUUGAAAACAGAUUGCAUGUCCGCAUCCAUGCUGCUCUGGCCUCCCUGAGGGAACUGGUUCCUCAGUGAUAGACUCGGACUUCCUGUUCUGUCCCUCCCUACCAGGUUCUGCACUUUAAAAUGAAAGCAGAGGACACAGCUCUUCUGGAAGCCCGAAGACCGGCUUUUCUUCUGAAAACCACCUGUGCCAGGGACACAUUUUCCCACUUAGGCUGACAUAUUAAAGAUCUCCUCUUUUAAACGUAUAGCUAAAAAGUAAUAAUAAUGAGGAUACUAGUAAUUAUAACUAACCACCUGGGGAGAGGGUUAAGUGACCUUGUUCAAACAUUUUAGUUUUGUGAUUUAUUAUUUUUAAAAUAAAAGCAAACUAAAUAUUCCACCUGUGAUCUUCUAGGAACGCCUACCUUAAGCACACAUCCGACUGCAUAUAACACUAGGAGGCACCUGUAAAAUUAUCAACAGUAUUAUGACAUAGCAUUUAUAUUGUGUUUUGAAAAAAAAUAAAAGUGCUUUCUAGUGUUUUAUUUUAUCCUCUAACUUGUGAAUAACAUAGCACAGAUAUUCUUAUUCCCAUUGUCUAGACAAACUCAGGCACAAAAAGGCUAAUUGAUCCCAAUCAAUUAUUCCUGUUAUCAGUGGAGCAGUGAAUAGAACACAGAUCUCUUGACCACAGACAGAAUAUUCUUGUAAAACAAAAUGUGUUAAUAACCCAGAAUUUCAUGUUUUCCUUAUUAAAACACAAAUGAGCUUCA